UCCAACUUGGCUGUACAUAUUUGCUUGUAAAUACCCUGUGCCUGUUUCCAAGGCGCAUGCGUGUCGAUUAUCAAAGGAAUCUCGUCCCUCGGCCGACCACUGCGACGCUCUGUUACCUCCGUCUCACCUUCGCUUUAUUCCAUCCCAAUCCCAAUCCCAAAGCCGCGUCCAAGCGUUGUCUCCGUUGACCCCAUCGGAAUUAAAAAAGGCGAAGACGCGAAGGUCAAUCAACAGGGAUAUAUUCUCCUUUCAAUAAAAACUCUUUAGGGGACACUCAAUUGUUAUUUUUCAUUUUUCAACUCCCAUCAUUGACUUGACUUGAUCUGCUCCCUAACUCUUCCACAUAGUCCAUUCUUCGACAUGGACCCCGUCGACAAAUACGUCUCGGGCGCAGAGGAGGACGCGCGCCGUGACCAUUUCCCCCAAACAAACGAUCCAGAGAAGGGAGACCACCACCAGGAAGAAAUUGUACGAACCGAAACUGGAUCCACAUCAUCCUCUUCCUCUUCGUCCUCAGGUGCAUCAGAAUUAGAGCGCGGCGACACCGUCUCCCGGCUGCCAACACAACGCGACGAAGUGGUCGAUCUUGAGCGCCACCCAACCGCCUUGAGUCGCAUACAGACUGCGCGAUCCCAACACAGCCAGACAGUCGGCUCAACACUGUCCAGCCGCAAAUCGAAGAAGCCACUGCCUGCCUUUGGCGCUGGAAAGCCAUUUCCCCCGCCUUUGCCUGAGAGAGAGGAAUACGUUGUCGAAUUCGACGGACCUAAUGAUCCGUUGCACGCACAAAACUGGUCAUUGCGAAAGAAGCUUAUAACAGCUGCUAUUCUUGGAUUUACCACCCUCACCUCUGCAUUCGGCUCUUCCAUCUUUUCUGCCGCCACUCGUGUCGUCGCCAGAGAUUAUGGCGUUGGCACUACCGUUGGAGUCUUGGGAACCAGUCUCUACGUUCUUGGUUUUGCGACUGGACCAAUCUUUUGGGCGCCGUUUUCUGAGCUGAAGGGUCGAAGAUUGCCAUUGGUGAUUGCAUCCUUUGGAUUCUCCGUCUUCAGUAUUGCAGUUGCGACAGGAAAAGACCUACAGACAAUUCUGAUCUGCAGGUUCUUCUCAGGUUUCUUCGGCGCAUGUCCUUUGACUUGUGUCGCCGCCGUCUUCUCCGACAUGUUCGACAACCGGACCCGUGGAAUGGCCAUCACCAUCUUCUCCAUGACCGUCUUCACAGGCCCACUCCUUGCUCCUUUCGUUGGCGGCUUUAUCAUCAUAUCUGACCUUGGAUGGCGCUGGACGGAGUAUAUCAUCGCCAUCAUGGGAUUCACUGCCUUUGGCCUCAACCUCUUCUUCAUUAACGAAUCGUAUCCGCCUGAAAUCCUCGUUGCCAAAGCCGCCGAGCUGCGCCGCCGAACCAAGAACUGGGGCAUUCACGCCAAACAAGAAGAAAUCGAAAUCGACUUCCGCGAGUUGCUCCAGAAGAAUUUCAGCAGACCGCUCCGCAUGCUCGUGUCCGAACCCAUCGUCCUGCUACUCUCCAUUUAUAUGGCCUUCAUCUACGGCCUUCUCUACCUCUUCUUGACCGCCUACCCACUCGUCUUCCAGGGCGUGCACCGCAUGAAUCCUGGCGUCGGUGGUCUCCCCUUCUUCGGCAUGAUCACUGGACAGCUCCUUGCCGGAACCUUGAUCUUCAUCCGCCAACCGUCGUACCAAAAGAAACUCGCGGCCAACAACAACCAGCCCAUUCCCGAAUGGCGUCUCCCAGAGGUGAUCGCGGGCGGUGCCUGCUUCGCUGUCGGCAUCUUCUGGUUCGGAUGGACUGGUUACAACCCCAACAUCCACUGGAUCGUCCCCACCCUCUCAGGAAUCCUAAUCGGCUUCGGUCUUCUUAGCAUCUUCCUUCAAGCCCUCAACUACCUCGUCGACGCAUACCUCAUGUUCGCCGCCUCCGCCAUCGCAGCAAACACCUUCCUCCGCUCCCUCUGCGGCGCCGCCUUCCCCCUCUUUGCCCAGCAGAUGUUCACGGGCAUGGGCAUUCAGUGGGCAGCCACGCUGCUCGGAUGCAUCGCCGCUGUGCUCGUCCCCGUGCCUGUGUGGUUCUACCUCCGCGGCGCGAAGAUCAGGGAGAAGAGCAAGUUUGCGCCGACGCCUAAGCCCAUCGGCGCUGCUGAGUAGUAAAUAAACGUCCGUGUAAAUCGUUUCCAUGUAGUCUUGGUUCUGGAUUUUGGGUUUUGUACAUCCCCCAUCGUUCGGUCCGUCGCGUUGGCGAAGUGAGUCCCCCCCUUUCUAAGAAGGAGCGUGGAUGAAACCAGGGGAUGAAGGGAGUCUUUUCACACAACAAAAAAAAGUGCAGCGAAUUUGGGUUUUUUUCCUUCGAAUGAUACCAACACCAUCUUACACGAUGGGUAUAUUUUUAGUAUAUACAUAUACCAAACAUAGUAGUCCUAAUUAGUAAUUCAAAAUCAAUAAAGC